UCAGCUACACCCCCGGCUGCCUACUUCCUGGUUGCCUCCCCCUUAGAAAUCCGAGAGAAGGUCCAUCCAUUGUCCAUCCCUGAGCUCCGCACCCCACCACCACCUCCCUCCGUCACUGGGUAACGUCGGGUGGACUUGCCUCCCCGUGUCUACUUCAUAGUGUUGCCGUCUAAAGAUUAAAUGGUCGUGAUCUCUCAAGUGCUUCCAGUGGUGCCUGGCCCCUCCAAAUUCACUAAAGACGAGCUCUUAGUUCUUAUUCUUCAUGGCUCAGCUCUGCCCAGCGUACCUCCUUUCUAUAUCUUUCUGUAAAGUGUCUGUGUAAUCUCACCCCCACCUCUGCCCCUUGUCCAGAGCCUCCUCGCACUGGCUGUCUCUACCGUGUGACCCCGUCCUGAAAGUUCUCCCGGGAGUCAAACCCAUCAUUUCUCGUUCCUCAUCCCUCUGUGUGUCUCGGCAGGUGUUUCUUCUUCAGGCAGGUUUCUCUUUGGCACCACGCUCUCUGGCCGCUUUCUCUCCUAUCUCUGCAAGCACACUCCUGUCCCUCUGCCUAUUCCUUAAAUCUCUGCUCCUCAAGAUGGGGUCCAAGACUCGGUUUCCUCACUCACUUCCUUUGGGAAAUGUCACCUCCUCUUAUGGUUUUAGUUUUAAUGAUGACACCCACAUCUUUAUCAACAGCCCAGGCAGCUCUCCCAGUUUCAGAACAGGAAUCCGUCGGACUGACGGACACCUCUGCUGGGACCUGCCCCUGACCCCACCCUGUGGUCCCCUCCUGAGUUCUCCACCGUGGUACCUGCUCCAUCCGUGUGAGUUCUCUUGUCUCUCAGCCUCCACACCCAAUCCAUCAUCCGCAUGUCAACUGUGCCUCCUAAAUACCUGGAAUUAGAUUCCUUCUCUCUGUCCUCGUUGCCCCCGUCCUGGGCCAGGCUCCCGUUAUCUCCUCCCUGAACUCUGCAAAGCCUCUGCUCCCUCUUCUCUCUCUUAACCCUCCUUCAAUUCGUUCUCUCUGCUGAGAGCAGCUCAGGUUUUCCUAACCUGCCUGUGGAUGAUGUCAUUCCCUGCUUAGCCCGUGGUGAUGGUCCCUCCCCACUGCUCUCGAACAAGAGCCGGCCUCCUGGAUCCGGUUCACCAGGGGCUGCCCAACCUGGCCCCAGGCUGCCUGUCUCCACCAUCUCCCUGUCCUUCAGGUCCUCUGUGCAUGCGCGCCCCGCAGGCUUUUACAUCUUAUGCCCACUUCCCGCGACACGCCUUCUCCACCCGUUCUCUUGGUUAACUUCUGCUCAUCUUUCAAUGCUCAGCUGAGCUGUCCCUUUCCCCAGGAAGCCUUCUCUGACCGCUUUCCUUGGUGCAACAAGUAUUCACUGAGUGCUCCCUCCAUCCAGGUGCCGAGGAUGGGGUGCCUGGCGCAGAAGAGGGGCCAGCUCUUAGGCCCACAGAGCUGACCUCUCGGGCGGGAAAGACAGUAAGUAAGGAAAUGAUUAAUACUGUAGGUUCCAACAGGAACAGCAGAAUGAGGGCGAUGGAACGAGAUGAUGCAGUACAGCUUCCUGGGUGUGUAGCGCCUAUGUUGGAACCAUUGAAGGGCCCACCCCUGGGGGGCUUUUAACUUCAAGCUGAGGGAGCUGAAGAAACCAGCCACGCAGAGAUCAGAGGGAAGGACAGCCCGGGCAGAGGGAACAACUCAAAAGGCCCCACGGCGGUGGGUUGUUGCUGAUGUGUUUGAGGAAGGGAGGCAAGACCAGGGUUUCUGGGUAUAGUGAGCCCCGGGGAGAGCAGUAAGAUAUCGGGUCCCAGGGUUCAGCUGGGCUAAGACCACGAUUGCCUUGUAGGUCACAGAAAGAAGUUUAGAUUUUAUUUUUAGUGCAUCAGAAGGUUGUAACCAAGGGAGUGAUAAAAUCUGAUUUUUAAAAAUACAACAGCUUUAUUGAGACAGUUCACAUACAAUACAUUUCGCCCCCUCAGAGCGGACGUCGUGAGGAUUUUCACUCACAGACAUGUGCAGCCAUCACUGCAGUCCGUUCUAGAGCUUGAAUCGGUUUUCAUCACCAGAGAAAGAGACCCUCCUCCUUCAGCAGUGGUUCCCUGUUUCCUGCAAACCCUCCGGCCCCAAACAACCAGGGCCGCAGAAUGGCUCAAUGAUACUCUACAACAGGAAGAAAGUGAAAUACAGGAAAGAUGGGUAUUGCUGGAAAAAGAGGAAAGACGGGAAGACGACCCGAGAGGACCACAUGAAACUGAAGGUCCAGGGAGUCGAGUGCUUGUACGGCUGCUAUGUCCAUUCCUCCAUCAUCCCCACCUUCCACCGGAGGUGCUACUGGCUCCUUCAGAACCCCGACAUUGUCCUGGUGCACUACCUGAAUGUCCCGGCCAUCGAGGACUGCGGCAAGCCCUGCGGCCCCAUCCUCUGCUCCAUCAACACCGACAAGAAGGAGUGGGCCAAAUGGACGAAAGAGGAGCUCAUUGGGCAGCUGAAGCCCAUGUUCCACGGCAUCAAGUGGACGUGCAGCAACGGGAACAGCAGCUCGGGCUUCUCAGUGGAACAGCUGGUGCAGCAGAUCCUCGACAGCCACCAGACCAAGCCACAGCCUCGGACCCACAACUGCCUCUGUACCGGCAGCCUGGGCGCGGGCAGCAGCGUGCACCACAAGUGUAACAGUGCCAAACACCGCAUCAUCUCGCCGAAGGUGGAGCCGCGGACCGGGGGGUACGGGGGCCACGCGGAGGUGCAGCACAACGACGUGUCCGAGGGCAAGCACGAGCACGGCCACGGCAAGGGCUCCGGCCGCGAAAAGAGGAACGGCAAGGUGGCCAAGCCCGUGCUGCUGCACCAGAGCAGUACCGAGGUCUCGUCCACCAACCAGGUGGAGGUCCCGGACACCACUCAGAGCUCGCCCGUGUCCAUCAGCAGCGGACUCAACAGCGACCCGGACGUGGUGGACAGCCCCGUGGUCACAGGCGUGUCCGGCAUGGCGGUGGCCUCCGUGAUGGGGAGCUUGUCCCAGAGCGCCACGGUCUUCAUGUCCGAGGUCCCCAGCGAGGCCGUGUACACCAUGUCCCCCACCGCCGGCCCCAACCACCACCUCCUCUCGCCCGACGCCUCUCAGGGCCUCGUCCUGGCCGUGAGCUCCGACGGCCACAAGUUCGCCUUCCCCACCACGGGCAGCUCGGACAGCCUGUCCAUGCUGCCCACCCACGUGUCCGAAGAGCUGGUCCUCUCCCCCACCCUCGACGGGGGGGGCCGGAAGAUGCCAGAAACCACCAUGAACUUUGACCCCGACUGUUUCCUCAAUAACCCAAAGCAGGGCCAGACGUACGGGGGCGGAGGCCUGAAAGCCGAGAUGGUCGGGCCCAACGUCCGGCACUCGCCCCCCGUGGAGAGGGGCUUCAGCUUCACCACCGUCCUCACCAAGGAGAUCAAGACGGAGGACACCUCGUUCGAGCAGCAGAUGGCCAAAGACGCGUACUCCUCCGCGGCGGCGGCAGCGGCGGCGGCGGCGGCGGCGUCCAGCUCCCUGACCCUGACCGCGGGCUCCAGCCUCCUGCCGUCGGGCGGCGGCCUGAGCCCCAGCACCACCCUGGAGCAGAUGGACUUCAGCGCGAUAGACUCCAACAAGGACUUCACGUCCAGCUUCAGCCAGACGGGCCACAGCCCCCACGUCCACCAGACGCCCUCCCCGAGCUUCUUCCUGCAGGAUGCCAGCAAGCCCCUCCCCCUCGAUCAGGCCGCCCACAGCAGCCUGAGCGACGCCGGGGGCACCUUCGUGCUGCCCACGGUGAAAACGGAGGCCUCGUCGCAAACCAGCUCCUGCAGCGGCCACGUGGAGACGCGGAUGGAGUCCACCUCGUCCCUCCACCUCAUGCAGUUCCAGGCCAACUUCCAGGCCAUGGCGGCCGAAGGGGAGGUCACCAUGGAGACCUCGCAGGGGGCCGAAGGGGGGGAGGGCCUGAUCAAGUCUGGGGAGCUGCAGGCCUGCAGCUCCGAGCACUACCUGCAGCCGGAGCCCACUGGGGUGAUCCGCAGCGCGGGCGGCGUCCCCAUCCUGCCGGGCAGCGUGGUGCAGGGGCUCUACCCCGUGGCCCAGCCGGGCCUCGGCAGCGCCUCCAACAUGGAGCUCAGCCUGGACCACUUCGACAUCUCCUUUGGCAGCCAGUUCUCCGACCUGAUCAACGACUUCGUCUCCGUGGAGGGGGGCGGCAGCACCCUCUACGGGCACCAGCUGGUGUCGGGGGACGGCGCAGCGCUCUCGCAGUCGGAGGACGGGGCCCGCGCCCCCUUCAGCCAGGCAGAGAUGAGUAUCCCCUGCUGCAGCCCCCAGCAGGGGAGCCUGCAGCUGGGCAGUGCUGAGGGCGGGGCCGGCACCAUGGCCUACAUGCACGUCGCCGAGGUGGUCUCGGCUGCCUCGGCCUCGGGCGCCCUGGGGAUGCUGCAGCAGAGCGGACGCGUGUUCAUGGUGACCGACUACUCCCCAGAGUGGUCCUACCCGGAGGGAGGAGUGAAAGUUCUCAUCACAGGCCCGUGGCAAGAAGCCAGCAAUAACUACAGCUGCCUGUUCGACCAGCUCUCAGUGUCUGCGUCUCUGAUCCAGCCCGGUGUGCUGCGCUGCUACUGCCCAGCCCAUGACACUGGUCUCGUGACCCUACAAGUUGCCUUCAACAACCAGAUCAUCUCCAACUCAGUGGUCUUUGAGUACAAAGCCCGGGCCCUGCCCACGCUCCCGUCCUCCCAGCAUGACUGGCUGUCCCUGGACGAUAACCAGUUCAGGAUGUCCAUCCUGGAGCGGCUGGAGCAGAUGGAGAGGAGGAUGGCCGAGAUGACGGGGUCGCAGCAGCACAAGCAGGGGGGCAGCGGUGGCGGCGGCGGCGGCAGCGCGGGGGGCACUGGCGGCGGCACCGGAGGAAGCCAAGCUCAGUGCACGUCGGGCCCUGGGACGCUGGGGAGCUGCUUUGAGAGCCGCGUGGUCGUGGUGUGUGAGAAGAUGAUGAGCCGGGCCUGCUGGGCCAAGUCCAAGCACUUGAUCCACUCCAAGACCUUCCGUGGAAUGACCCUCCUCCACCUGGCCGCGGCCCAGGGCUACGCCACCCUCAUCCAGACCCUCAUCAAGUGGCGCACAAAGCAUGCAGACAGCAUCGAUUUGGAGCUGGAGGUCGACCCCUUGAAUGUGGACCACUUCUCCUGUACUCCUCUGAUGUGGGCCUGUGCUCUAGGGCACCUAGAAGCAGCUGUCGUGCUGUACAAGUGGGACCGCCGGGCCAUCUCCAUUCCUGACUCUCUAGGAAGGCUGCCUUUGGGAAUUGCCAGGUCAAGGGGUCACGUGAAAUUAGCCGAGUGUCUGGAGCACCUGCAGAGGGACGAGCAGGCUCAGCUUGGACAGAACCCCAGAAUCCACUGUGCUCCAAGUGAAGAGCCCGGUACGGAGAGCUGGAUGACCCAGUGGCCCAGUGACGCCAUCACCUCCCCAGAAAUACCCAAAGGAGUCACCGUCAUUGCAAGUACCAAUCCAGAGCUGAGAAGACCUCGGUCUGAACCCUCUAAUUACUACAGCAGUGAGAGCCACAAAGAUUAUCCAGCUCCCAAAAAGCAUAAAUUGAACCCCGAGUCCUUCCAGGCGAGGCAGGAGAAGCUGCUUUCCACUGCACUGAGUCUGGAACAGCCAAAUAUCAGGAAGCAGAGCCCUAGUUCUAAGCAGUCUGUCCCUGAGACUUUCCGCCCCAGGGAAGGGCUGAGGGGCUGCAGCCGGGAAGGCUCCCCUCCCACUCCAGAGACUGCAGGAUUCCAAGCCUCUGGAUCUCAGCCCGUAGUAAAGUGGAAUUCCAAAGGUCUUUACAUUGGUGUGUCUACAGUACAGGUGACUGGAACUCCGAAGGGGACCAGUGUAGGGAAGGAGGCAGCACCUUCGCAGGUGCGUCCGCGGGAGCCAAUGAGUGUCCUGAUGAUGGCUAACAGAGAGGCGGUGCACACAGAGCUGGGGCCCUACCGCGAUAGCGCAGAGAGCGAGGACUGCCCACAGCCCAUGGAUGACAUACAGGUGAACAUGAUGACCUUGGCAGAACACAUCAUUGAAGCCACACCUGAGCGGAUCAAGCAGGAGAAUUUUGUGCCCCUGGAGUCCCCAGCCCUGGAAAGGACAGACGCUGCCACCAUCAGCAGUACCAUGAGCUGGCUGGCCGGUUACCUAGCCGAUGUCGACCACCUGCCAAGUGCUGCCCAGAUCAGAAGUGCAUAUAACGAGCCUCUCACCCCUUCUUCUAAUACCAGCCUGAGCCCCGUCGGCUCACCAGUCAGUGAGAUAGCUUUCGAGAAACCCAGCCUCCCCUCUGCAGCGGACUGGUCUGAAUUCCUGAGUGCAUCUACCAGUGAGAAGGUGGAGAACGAAUUCGCUCAGCUGACCCUGUCCGAUCACGAACAGAGAGAGCUCUACGAGGCUGCCAGGCUUGUCCAGACGGCUUUCCGGAAAUACAAGGGCCGACCCUUGCGGGAGCAACAGGAGGUGGCAGCAGCUGUCAUCCAGCGCUGUUACAGAAAAUACAAACAGCUGACAUGGAUAGCCUUGAAGUAUGCACUUUAUAAAAAGAUGACCCAGGCUGCCAUCCUUAUCCAGAGCAAAUUCCGAAGUUACUACGAACAAAAAAAAUUCCAGCAGAGCCGGCGUGCCGCUGUGCUGAUCCAAAAGUAUUACCGGAGUUAUAAAAAGUGUGGCAAGAGACGGCAGGCUCGCCGAACAGCGGUCAUUGUACAGCAGAAGCUCAGGAGCAGUUUGCUAACCAAAAAGCAGGACCAGGCUGCUCGAAAAAUAAUGAGGUUUCUCCGCCGCUGUCGCCACAGCCCCCUGGUGGACCAUAGGCUGUACAAAAGGGGAAUGAAUAUUUUUGGAACACAGUGGUGUGUGUUAACUUGCAGCCAACAUGCUCUGUGUCAUUCUUAUCGGGCCUCUCUGUCUUUUUUGUUUUGCAACCCAAAUGAGAUUGCUGGAAACUGGCAAGACCUCUCUUUGCCCACAUUCCCCCACGAGCUGUUGCGGCUCUCAGAGCAACAGAGUGAAAGAAUUGAAAAAGGCCAAGGAACUUGAGGACCUACAGCAGCAUCCCUUAGCAAUGUGACACUGCUUUGCAGACUGUUUUCAUUUCUGUUUUUAGCAGAGACAUGCAACAACAACAACAAAACACACACACACAACAUGCACGCACGCACAUGCACACACGCGCGCACACACACACACACACACACACACACACACAUAAUCCCUCUGCAGUUUUGGGGAGAUCAGCUGCAGGAUUUUAACAGGAAUGUUUUGGUCAUUGCAUUUGCACUUUCAUGGACAACUUUUAAUUUGAUCAGCAAGACAUCUUGGAACUCAAUCUUCUGUUGGAUCAUGGGAAAACAAGACACCACGCGGAACUGAAAGAGGCUUCCUCUUCUCCGGAAGAAGCCGUUUUCCUUCUCACAUAGGGCUGUAUUCAAACAUCGUGUGGAACUGUACAAAUAUUUAUACCAAAAAUAUAGAUAAGAAAAGGUGGGGAUCCACUCGCAAUGAAGAGGAUGCUGUUCCUGCACCUGUCACUUAUUUCCAAGAAGCUGAAUCUUUCGGGUUGGUUCUCAGUGGAGGGCUUAGACCAUACAAAUCUUUAUUGGAUCCGUGUGUUCUCAUUUCCUUCACUGUGUCUCUUUGAUUCGAAUGUGUUUGGGUUGUUGUUGUUGUUGUUGUUGUUGUUGUUGCCGUUGAUAUGUUGUUUUAAUCUCUACAGCACACUUAAUGCAACUUGAAAAAUCUGCAGGUGUAACGUCUUGUGGAGAUUCGAGGGGCGGGUAAACGGGUCAUGCUCACGGACGUGGUAAGGAACAGCUUACAGAGGUUAAAUUUCUUUUCCUGUCCCCACCACCUCCCAAGAACCUGCGAGGAGAGUCAUCAUCUGAUCCCUUUUCUCAUGUUCAGCACUUUAAUUUUUUGGCCUUUACUUUCAUGUGCAAUGAGAAUUACUUAGAGAAAUUGGUGAAGCAUGUAGCUUUUUUUAGUAGCCUUGGAAACGAGUCAUUCUAAGGAAUCAUAAACCUUGCCUGGACAUUGGCCACCUAAAAGAUCAGUGUGGUGCUGCGUUCUGGCCAGUAAAGUCCAUAUUUUUGGCUAUCUCUCAUCCCAACGGAGCGGUUUCUGUGUAUAUAUAGAAGGUAGAAACGGAAAGCGAGAAAACUAUUUGAAAGGGAUUAUAUUAAUUGCUAAAUAUUUUAUUCACAAAGGUCAGUAACAUGGCAAGAUAAAAUUAUUUGUAUAGUUUUGUCUGAAUGAGCGAGAAAAAUGUGGAUUAUUGUUUGUAUAUAUUGUAUAUAUUAAAACAAAAGAGAUACGUGCAUGAACUCAAGAACAAAGAAAUGAACAAAAGCAAAGCAUUAGUGGCUAUGGUCUGUAAAAUGAAACAAAAAAAACUUUAUUUCACUAUAAGAGUACUUUAUUUUAAAUGUUCUUUAGAAGAACAUUUUGCUAAAGCAUGACUAAACUGCAAAAAAAAAAAAAAAGAGCUACUGUAUUAAGACUUAGGAAAAAAGGCAGAGUAACAUUACUUAAAAAAAAGGAUAUGUUUACAUUUAAUUUUGGCUACCAGGAGUUUAUUUUCUUUUAUUUAAAGAUUUUUUUGCCAAUGGUGCCAAGUAAUGUGAAUGCUGAUAUCGCUUAAGAAAAUUAAGUUACUUUUGCUAAACAGAUAAUCAUUAAGAUGAAUCCGUAUAUCGCGACACACCAUCCACUCACUCCAACAAAGAACCCUUUAGAACGGUCAAAACCUGACAAAAGAAACAGGACAAGUAGAAAUAUGACUCACGUCUUCACAUCUCCUGCUGGAAAUCAGAAAAUGUAAUCAGAAUUGCACGCACAAAAAAAAAAAAAUAAUAACGCAAAAGGAUGCAAACCGGGCUUGUAGGGAUGUCUUGGUAUAUUUGCUGUUUCCACAUCAUGAGGAGCCAAAGAAAUCUGACGCUUUUAACAAUUCAACAACUCAUGUUAAAUUAAGAGAAUAAAGUUCGCAUUUGCUGAUGCCAGUUUAAAAUUCCCGGGUUAAGUUUCAGGAUCAGUUGGUGUAAAGCUGAGAUAAUCCGUUAGGUUUUGUUUGUGCCUGUGUUUUUUUCCUGGGUUCUGGCUGCCAACUGUAAGUUCAAACUCAAGGCUUGUUGUGAAGCCUAAAAAUAUUCACAAAUCAGCUUUUAAACUGGUGUCUUAGAAAGAAGGUAGACACACAACGAUUGUGGUAACAACGGGGGUCUGUGCUCUUGGUGCCUUUUCUAUAAUUGUACUUGUUUUUUAAUUACUUCCUUUCACUGCCAACCUCGAAUUACUGUACAGUACAUGUCUUACUGCUUUGUGAUCAGCUCUGACAACGUGCCAGCCCCACAACUCGUAGCCACCUGUGCAUUUGUAAACUGACCUGACUCAGUUUUGUUUUUAAAUGUGUGGGUUAUGUUGCCGCUGUUGCAGUCCCCCGAAUACCUAUUAUUUUACCCAAACUUGACCUGCAGGAGGACACUGAGUAACUUACAAACACCACCGCAUUCAUAAAUGGGAACAGAACGUGAAAGCCAGCUCUUUCAGGAUAGCCUAUGCGAAUACUGCAUUCAGAUCUGUUUAUUCCAUUUAUCAUGGUACAAAUCUUUUGACAGGAGUAAUGACCUCAGUGGAUUUGCUUUAACCCUCCCGCCCCCCCUUUUUUUUUAAUGUUUCACAUGCCACAUCAUUAGCUGAGGACGUUCGAGACGCUGGGAGAUAAAGAUGGACAUAGCAUUAGGAGCGUUCUUAAGGAGGGGAUAGGAAGUAGGUGCAGAACCUACCAGUUCAACUUAUCAGUACAACUGUGAAUCCCAGGUGAGGUACAAAAGCACCCCCGCGGAAACGAAGUGUUUCUGACCACUUUUCUCUUGGUUGUGAAUCUUAAUUUUGAAUAUAAGAUGAUAGGCAAGUGCAGCUUUCUUGGAUAAUCUCAAUUCCCAAGUGCCAGGAGUAGGAUUUCAUUAUAAAAUUAAUAGCUCAUCUUAUUCUGUCUCCUGAAGAUUGAAUUGCUCUUCUUGUUACCCAUUUGAAAUCAGCUGUACUGUGUGAACGAAAUCCAGACAAUAACUCGAACCCCUCUCUGGCUGCACGGUCGCUUAUGGCAGUUCCACACAGUAGUUGGCGCCCAACGGGGGGUCCCUGAGACUUGCAUGUAAAACUAGUCUAGAUGUCUUCUUUUUGUAAGUUUUAUUUUUGUAAUUGUGCAUGCAGAGCCUCAUUGAAUCAAUGGAUCUGUUGAAGAACUCAGCUGCUGGAAACCAUGCAAAAUGUUUUGAAUUGCCCUUAAAAUAUGGAAAAUGUUUUCUGAAUGCUUUAUAUUCUUUCUGCUGUAAAUUAAAAACGAAGAAAAUUUCCCCA